AUGAGCACAUCCAACUCAGCCGUGCCGGAUGAGAACGACAACGAUAAGAACUUCAUGGAAAAUAUUGCCCUGAACGCCUCCCAAGACCGCUCAGAUGCUGAAUGCCAGGUAGAAGACGAGCGUGGACAGGACGAGGCCUUGGAAUUCGCAGCUCACCAGGUCGAGAUCAGCAAGGAGACAGAGAGAAACGUCCGCCGCAAGAUCGAUUUCCAUAUGCUUCCUUGGAUGUGCGGGCUCUAUCUGCUGCAAUAUCUUGACAAAACAACGCUGUCAUACGCUUCAUCCAUGGGGAUCAAAAGAAUACCAAUAUGA